AAGAGAGAGAGAGAGAGGCUGCCCUCCGCCGCCAUCCCCGGCUGGCGCCUCUUUCAGCACCAUGGACAGCAGGCGGGGGGAAGCCCUGGAAGAGCCGGCGUUGAAGGCGUCAGUCAGCGCAGUCAUUCCCAGGGAGGGAGGGAGGGAAUCGGAAUGCGAGACGCGAAGCCCAGCAAUCUUCUCCCUUUCUCAGUCCUGAGCAGCAGCCUGGGCUGAAGGAACCAAGAGGCAGGUAGGAGCCUCCGCCGCAGGAGCAGCAGCCGAGCAAGGUGCCCCCAGCAGCCCAAUUGCGCAGCGCUACGAGGGCAGGAUCUGGACUCCCCCCGCCCGCCUUUCCUUUCUUUUCCUCUCGCUCUGCGCUGCUCCAUCCCUCACGUCGGAAGCCGCCCGUGCCCCAUCCCGCCUUGCCAGGAGAAUGCGGGCAAGGGUGCCAGGAGGGCUCCUCCAGCGCCCCAUCGCCUUGGUGUAAACAUCCCUCUGCCCUGCCUUUCCCUGCGGGGACGUGUGACUGUCUUCUUGAUGUGACUUUCCCAGCCCCCCUCUGGAACCAUGGGGAUCUUUUGGGCUUACCUUGGAUUCCUUUUCUGGUCGAUAUUAUACAUUCAGGAGGGACUUUCUUCUCAAGCCAAAUUUACCGAAUUCCCUCGAAAUAUCACAGCAACUGAGGGCCAGAAUGUGGAGAUGUCUUGUGCAUUCCAGAGUGGCUCUGCCUCAGUGUACCUGGAAAUCCAGUGGUGGUUUCUACGGGCAGCCGAGGACCAGGAACCGGCAGCUGAGGUGACGAGCACUCAGGUGGAGCUAUUGCCAGAAAGGGAUUUGGACAAUGAUGGAACAAAGAUAAGCACAGUGAAAGUACAAGGGAAUGAUAUCUCCCACAAGCUGCAAAUCUCAAAAGUCAGGAAAAAGGAUGAAGGGUUGUAUGAGUGCAGGGUGACCGAUGCCAAUUACGGAGACCUUCAGGAAUACAAAGCCCAGGCCUAUCUCAAAGUCAGUGCAAAUAGCCACUCCCGACGGAUGCAGGCCUUCGAAGCGUCUCCCAUGUGGCUACAGGAUAAGCCUCGCAAGAACAUCUCAGCAGCCAUCCCCAGUAGCAUCCAUAACUCUGCCAGCCAACGUAUACGCCCCACCUCCGGCCCUCCAGCAGAUGCCAAAAUCCCCAAACAAAGCCCACAAUCAGGUGCGAGGAUAGCUACAAGCCAUGGACUUUCUGUCCUGCUUCUUGUUUGUGGCUUUGUGAAGGGUGCUUUGCUUUAAUCUAAAAAGUGCUGACUUUUUCCAAUAUCACUUUCUCUUCUUAAAGCAAAGAGCAAAUCGUCUGUAAAACCUACGGAGCGGACAGCAAAGUUGACCCUAACUUCCAACCACCACCCUGCACCCAAUGUACUCUAACUCUCGACACAAAGGAGCAUCUUCUUCGGGACAUACACACAAAAAUAAACAAAAUACUAAACAAAUGUUCAAAAAGGAGAGAAGAAGCUACCAUAUAGUUGCUUUAUUUCAUGCUUUCUUUGGAAUGUAUCCCUAUCUCUGGAAUUGGAAUUGUGUGGUGGAACAUUAUUCAACUUGUCAACAACAUUUUCUCUUCCUCUUACCCCUUUUUGGUUUGACAAAAGUAAACUGCUGAAUUCCUUUUCACUAUUCAGAGGUUGGAAACAAAUUUUUAGUACUUUCAAACUGGACAUUUGUUCUUGUUCUUGGGGGCAAAGUACCACUCAAAAUGGAAAGGAAGAAAAGAACCCAAACUCUCUGUUUCCCAAAUCUCAACUAGAGACCUGUCUGACAUACAGGAAGUAUACAACAUCUCUGUGACAAUGGAUGGAAAUAUAUAUGUGUGUGUUUUUAAAGUAUUUAUUUUCUAAAUGAGAAAUCUAAUAAAAAUUCAAAGCUGCUUAUUGUACAAAAGAACGAGAUUUCUGGAAGACAUUCAAGAAGUGUUGAAGCCUCUCCCAGGCAUUCUUCUCUCAUUUAAUUUUUCCCUGUCCCAUUGUUUUUGGAUUUCUUUUCUGUUUGAUGGUGGCAAGCAAUUGUUGGCCCUGGCCAACCCUUGUGGAGCACAUGAAAAUUUCUAUAAAUACAUAUUUUGUUUGUGUGUGUGUUCUCUUUUUUGCUGUAUUUUCUUUAAUUUUGCAACUUCUGUAUAUGCAAACCUAACUUAAAUUCUGUAAAUUGCUUACUUGUGUGAUAUAACUUCAGAAUAGACAUUCUACGGUUCAUCUUGCAAGCCAGUUCUGAAAAUUAUCUCAGUGUGGUGCCACCAAAUCACAUCUGUUUCCUUUCCAAAAAAGCACUCAUUUUAAUUUGCCAUUUGGUACUAUGUAGGAUUUUGUAAUUCAUGCAUUCACUUUUUGCUGGUCUGAGCCUUUGCAGAUGGCAGUGUGACCCUCUGUUUACUCUGUAAAAAUGCACAUUAAAAUUUGUUAUGGUC